AUGCGUCAAGGUGGUUGCCAGCUGCGCAACUGCAAUGACAAGCAGGCCCCUAAUGAUGCCAUUUUGGCUGAUGAAGAAGGCAGAUUGGUAACUCAUUCAUUAUUUAACUUUCACAGUCAUAGCAACUGUGGCUGGCCACCUGUACGCAAGCUCUUCACCCUGACGCCCACACUCACCGUUCACAGCCCGACGCCCACACUCACUGUUCAUAGCCCGACGCCCACACUCACUGUUCAUAGCCCGACGCCCACACUCACCGUUCAUAGCCCGACGCCCACACUCACGGUACACAACUCGACGCCCACACUCACGGUACACAGCCCGACGCCCACACUCACGGUUCCCAGCCCGACGCCCACACUCACGGUACACAGCCCGACGCCCACACUCACCGUUCACAGCCCGACGCUCACACUCAAGGUUCAUAGCCCGACGCCCACACUCACCGUUCACAGCCCGACGCCCACACUCACGGUACACAGCCCGACGCCCACACUCACCGUUCACAGCCCGACGCCCACACUCACGUUUCACAGCCCGACGCCCACACUCACGGUUCACAGCCCGACGCCCACACUCACCGUUCACAGCUCGACGCUCACACUCACCGUUCACAGCCCGACGCCCACACUCACGGUACACAGCCCGACGCCCACACUCACGGUUCACAGCCCGACGCCCACACUCACCGUUCACAGCCCGACGCCCACACUCACGGUUCACAGCCCGACGCCCACACUCACGGUUCACAGCCCGACGCCCACACUCACGGUUCAUAGCCCGACGCCCACACUCACGGUACACAGCCCGACGCCCACACUCACGGCUCACAGCCCGACGCCCACACUCACGGUACACAGCCCGACGCCCACACUCACGGUACACAGCCCGACGCCCACACUCACGGUUCAUAGCCCGACGCCCACACUCACGGUACACAGCCCGACGCCCACACUCACGGUUCACAGCCCGACGCCCACGCUCACGGUUCAUAGCCCGACGCCCACACUCACGGUUCACAGCCCGACGCCCACACUCACCGUUCACAGCUCGACGCCCACACUCACGGUACACAGCCCGACGCCCACACUCACGGUACACAGCCCGACGCCCACACUCACCGUUCACAGCCCGACGCCCACACUCACGGUACACAGCCCGACGCCCACACUCACCGUUCACAGCCCGACGCCCACACUCACGGUUCAUAGCCCGACGCCCACACUCACGGUACACAGCCCGACGCCCACACUCACGGUACACAGCCCGACGCCCACACUCACGGUACACAGCCCGACGCCCACACUCACGGUACACAGCCCGACGCCCACACUCACGGUUCAUAGCCCGACGCCCACACGCCCGACGCCCACACUCACGGUUCAUAGCCCGACGCCCACACUCACGGUACAGAGCCCGACGCCCACACUCACGGUACACAGCCCGACGCCCACACUCACCGUUCACAGCCCGACGCCCACACUCACGGUUCAUAGCCCGACGCCCACACUCACGGUACACAGCCCGACGCCCACACUCACGGUACACAGCCCGACGCCCACACUCACGGUACACAGCCCGACGCCCACACUCACCGUUCACAGCCCGACGCCCACACUCACGGUUCAUAGCCCGACGCCCACACUCACGGUACACAGCCCGACGCCCACACUCACGCCCGACGCCCACACGGUACACAGCCCGACGCCCACACUCACGGUACACAGCCCGACGCCCACACUCACGGUACACAGCCCGACGCCCACACUCACCGUUCACAGCCCGACGCCCACACUCACGGUUCAUAGCCCGACGCCCACACUCACGGUACAGAGCCCGACGCCCACACUCACGGUACACAGCCCGACGCCCACACUCACCGUUCACAGCCCGACGCCCACACUCACGGUUCAUAGCCCGACGCCCACACUCACGGUACACAGCCCGACGCCCACACUCACGGUACACAGCCCGACGCCCACACUCACGGUACACAGCCCGACGCCCACACUCACCGUUCACAGCUCGACGCCCACACUCACGGUACACAGCCCGACGCCCACACUCACCGUUCACAGCUCGACGCCCACACUCACCGUUCAUAGCCCGACGCCCACACUCACGGUUCACAGCCCGACGCCCACACUCACGGUUCACAGCCCGACGCCCACACUCACGGUACACAGCCCGACGCCCACACUCACGGUUCAUAGCCCGACGCCCACACUCACGGUUCAUAGCCCGACGCCCACACUCACGGUUCACAGCCCGACGCCCACGCUCACGGUUCAUAGCCCGACGCCCACACUCACGGUACACAGCUCGACGCCCACACUCACGGUACACAGCCCGACGCCCACACUCACCGUUCACAGCCCGACGCCCACACUCACGGUACACAGCCCGACGCCCACACUCACGGUUCAUAGCCCGACGCUCACGGUUCACAGCCCGACGCCCACACUCACGGUACACAGCCCGACGCUCACACUCACGGUACACAGCCCGACGCCCACACUCAUGGUUCACAGCCCGACGCCCACACUCACGGUACACAGCCCGACGCCCACACUCACGGUACACAGCCCGACGCCCACACUCACCGUUCACAGCCCGACGCCCACACUCACGGUUCAUAGCCCGACGCCCACACUCACGGUACACAGCCCGACGCCCACACUCACGGUACACAGCCCGACGCCCACACUCACGGUACACAGCCCGACGCCCACACUCACGGUACACAGCCCGACGCCCACACUCACGGUUCAUAGCCCGACGCCCACACUCACGGUUCACAGCCCGACGCCCACACUCACCGUUCACAGCCCGACGCCCACACUCAUGGUACACAGCCCGACGCCCACACUCACCGUUCACAGCCCGACGCCCACACUCACGGUACACAGCCCGACGCCCACACUCACGGUACACAGCCCGACGCCCACACUCACGGUACACAGCCCGACGCCCACACUCACGGUACACAGCCCGACGCCCACACUCACGGUACACAGCCCGACGCCCACACUCACGGUACACAAAAAAUUUAUAUAA